AUGUUAAGCACGGAAGUUAAUAACUCGAUUAUUUCUCCUGAUUUAUCAUGUGAUAAUUCCCAUGCCAAAAAGUACGAUGCUACCUUAAAUGUACAUAAUUAUAAAGAAAUUCACAAUAAUCAAAUAGUUAAUCAUGAAAGUAAAUCAGGUAGUAUGAAUAAUAUAAGAGACAAUAAUAAUGUACCCCUUUUUCAUUUAAAAUCAUCUGACAAUUCAAGAAACAACGAUCUUUAUUAUAAUAACAAUUUAACUGACCAUAAUAACCCAACAGAAUUUAAUCAAUACAAAACUAAUGUAUGUAAUCAUAAAGAUUCUAACUAUAAUCAAUUAAAAUAUAAAUAUCCAGAUCAUUUCACUUAUAACAAUAAAGAAAACUUAAAGGAAAGUGAAACUUCUACUUUAUACAGGAAACAUGAAGAAUAUCAGUUACCUCAAAACAUGAAUAGUGGUUUUUUAUCCCAUAAAUGUAAUAGUAUGAUUAGACAUGAACAGGGUAAUGAUAUAUCAUAUGAAGAAAGAACUAAGUAUAACAAAAAAAAAAGUAGUUUUAAUGAAAAUAUUAUAAAUAAUAAUUAUCCUAAUCAUCAAUAUGAUUAUAAAGAUAAUGAUAACAACAAAAAUAUUGAUAAUAAGAAUUUAGAUAUUAUCCACGAUAGCAAUAUCGAUAAUAAACAUUAUAGUAGCGAUAAUUAUAAUAUUAACAAUAAUAAUACCAAUAUUAAUAUUAAUAAUUAUAAGAACAAUGAAGUUAGUAGCAGUAAUAAUAUUAAUGACGUUUAUUAUAAAAAUAUUAAUGAUUCUUAUCAGAAUGCUAAUGAUAAGCAAAGUAAUUAUGAAAGAAAUAUAAGUAACUUAAAUAAUGGAAAAUCUGUUAAUUCUAUUGUACAUAUAAAUUUAAUGGAAAAGAAUAUUCCAUAUAAAAAUGACGUAGUGGGUGAUUUUCAAAAAAGUAAUAUAAAUUAUGACAAAGAUAAAAAAAGCUUAAAUGGUUUUACAAGAGAUGAAUUAUAUGGAAGUGCCAGUAUUAAUAGAGAAAGAAAUAUGAAUCACACAAAAAUAUUUGACUAUGUUGAAUCUGACAAUGAUAAAAAACAUAAACAAAAAAAUAUGAUAAAUACAUUUGUUCCUAAAUAUAAGAAUUUAUCAGCAAAAGAAGUACAUUAUAAUAGUUUAUCUGGUAAUGAUAACAUAACUGUUUUAGCGGCUAACCAAAUAAAAAUAGAUUUGAAUAGGUUAUCUGAAAAAAGUAAAGACAUUUUACCAAAUGUUUAUCCAUUUAAUUUGUCCAGUGAUUUUAAAAAUGAUAAGAAAAAUGAAAAUAAAGCUCAAUUAGAAAAAUUAUAUCCAACCAAUUAUAAUUACAUAAAUAAUUAUAAUAAAAAUAAUUCUGAUAUAUCAUUAGAGCAGAGAAGGUAUAAUAUGAAUUCAAGUCGUAUAUUUGACUGUGAUUAUGAUACCAAAGAGGGAAAUUCUGAAAAAUUUAAAAGUGAAACAAAUAUAUCAUAUAAACAUAAGGGAGAUAUAGAAAAAGUAGAUAUAGAGAAAGAAGAAAAACGAAAACUAAAUCCAAUGUAUAGUGAUCUAUUUGGUAGGAAAACACCUGAUAUAAAUCAAAACGCAAAUUAUGAAAAAAUUAUGCCAGCUACUAUGAAAAAUAAUUGGAUAUAUGAUGCUAGAAAUACAAAAAAAUAUUCAGAAUUAUAUUUUAAAUCUUCCGAUAAUUUAGAAUAUAACGGAACAGAAAAAUUUCAUAGAAAAUCAUAUUUUGAUAAAGAUGGAUAUGAUAACAAAAAACGACUUCAGGAUGCUAUACAAAAAGGUUCAAAAAUAUCAUUACAAGCACAUUUACAAUCAACUUUACAAUGUGAAAAUAAUUAUAAUCCUAGUGAUUAUAAUAACGUUGAGGCAUAUUAUUUAUCUUUACAUAAUAUACGUGAUUCAAUUACUGAUGAAGAGGUAAAAAAAGUUAUAAAAAAUAGUAAUGCACACAUAGUGUCUUAUGAAUCAGAAUAUGAUUUAUUAAGUAACAAAAGAAAAAAUAAUGCAAAAUUAUGCAUAAGACAUAAUAAGGGGAAACAUGGGUUAAUCUUAUUAAUGAAUUUGUUAUCACAAUUAGAUAUUAAAGUUACAGUUUUAUAA